AGCCAAGGUAGCGCCUCUUGCAGAGCAUGGCACUGCGACGGACUGCGCAAGAUGAUAUUGAAAGUCAAGUCGCCGGAAAGGAUGAAUCCUUUGCAGUGGGUCAAGUGACCAUUCGCCUCCCGCUAGACUUGAGCCCUUUGCCGAUGUUGGCCUUGGUCACAAGCUUUCUUCCCUGGGCUGUGCCGGUGCUGCUGGUGAUGGACGGUAUGCUGCAUCGGCGAGCCUCCAGCUUCUUUGCUUUGUGCGCAAUCGUCGUGACAAGCAUCUUGAGCGAGUGCCUCCUGAAGCCCCUCAUUGCGGAGCCUCGACCAGCAACUUCUGCUUGUAGGACGGAAGACGGCAAGCUGCUUCCUGGCAUGCCUUCGGGCCAUGUGAUGAUUUGUCAAAGUCUUCUGACCUUUUACGUAUUGGAGGCCAUGCGCCAUCGUUUGCUGAUGGUAGCCUUGAUUCUGGUCCUCUUGAUGCCCCUGAUGCCCUGGGCACGCUGGUACAAUGGUGAUCACACUUUGAAGCAGGUGGUGGUAACCUUUAUUGUGGCUGCAGUUGUCGGCCUGGUCUACUUCCUGAUCUUCAUCAGCUUCUUCAACGAUAGUCUUGGCACCGCGGUUCAUUUGCUGGAAGUGGCUUCCAUUCCAGUGCAAGGUGUGACUAACGGGGCCUUGCCCAAGUGAAGUGGUUCCCACGGCACCGCGGCAGAGGGUGUGGAGUUCCCAACAGAGUUCUCCAUGCUGAGUGACUGGGUGAUGGUUUCAAACAUGGUUAUUUUACUUUACUUUACAUCAUAGGUGCGACGGUGAAUC